AUUCUGCAUACCAAAAGCAGAAAAAGAAGCCUUUAAAUUUGAUCAGAGAGAUCACUAAGAUCAUUAAACCACAACGUAAAAGAUCCCAACCCAGGUGGUUUUGCAGAUCUAAUACGUCUGCAGCUCCCAUACUAUUAAUAUAAUUUUUCCUUUUCUUGCAGUUCGGCGUUCAAGCAUAAUCCAUGAUAAUAAUAAUAAUAUGCCCUUCACUUCCUAAAAUCUGACAUUAUAUAAGCCCACCCAACACCCUUCUCCCUCUAAUUUCCUUUGCACCGCCAAAUCAUUGGUUUUGAAUUUCCGGCUUCAAUUUCUUUUUCUUUUAGGGUUUCUUGGACCUUGGUACUGGACGUACGAUCGUGGUGCUUUGUGUUUGUCAGUUUGUCACAUCCCUUCUGAGUUUUGAUUCUUGACGUGCUUUGGUUGGUGAACGUGAAAUAGUCAGAUUCCAUUUAUUAUUAGCAACUGCUGGGUCUGCAGCUGGGUGUCCAGUGUAAAGGACGGACCUUCCCUAAUAAUAAGGACCCCAAAUUAAACCCCAUACUCCACUUUACCUUUCUGUCACUAAAACCCACCACCUAUACGUAUUUAGAGCUACACCAUCACAAGGAGUUCCAUCCAGUUAAUAUUGUCUUGACGAGUUCGAUAUCACCGCCAUUGAAAUGGGGAAUUGUCAGGCGGCAGAGGCAGCGACGGUGGUGAUUCAGCAUCCGGGGAACAACAAGAUCGAGAGGAUUUACUGGUCUGUGGGCGCUCAUGAGGUCAUGACUUCCAACCCCGGCCACUACGUGGCUCUCGUCGUCAACUCUCCGACCAUGAAGUCUGUGACUGGUGCUCCAGUGAUCAAGCAGCUCAAGCUUCUCAGGCCUGACGACACUUUGCUCAUUGGACAGGUUUAUCGCUUCAUCAGCUUCGAAGAUGUGUUGAAGGAGUUUGCUGCUAAAAAAUCUGUGAAGCUGGGGAAGUUGCUGAAGCAUAGAGGUGAGCUUGGAGUGGAAAUGAAGAUGAAGGACUUGGCAGGUCAGAAUUUGAAGUCCGUCAACAACAAUUCCAUCAAGAUGGAGAGUGUGGGAAGCAACGGUGGCAGCACAAGCACUAACAACGGCAGAAGCUACAGAAGCGUGGGAAGAAAUUAUGGUGGUGGUGGUGGUGGACGUGGAGGUGGUGUGGGGCAGUGGAGGCCAGCCUUGCAGAGUAUUGCAGAGGUUGGAACUUGAAAUAUUUUGCAUGCAGCACAACUCUUCAUUUCUCUCCCACCAAUAAAAACAAGCAGAAGCAGCGACUCCUCCUUUCGCUUUUUCCAAUAUCUUCGUAUAUCUCUUCUCUUUUAGACUGAUAGUUAUUAGUUUCCACUAUUCCACGUCCUUGCAAGCUAUCCAUGGCCUAUAGGGUUUCCAGAGUUUAGGUGUCAUGUAUAACUCAUUCAACUUGGACACGUAUACCGCUCUUGCAUAUUUGUGUUAACCCUUUAGUUUGCUGUAAUUAGGUGCAAACUAUCUUGCCCAAAGUUGAACUUGAUUCCAUUUUAUUAGACUAAUCAACCUUCCUUUGUAUUUAUCAAACAAUGAAUGGGUAGCUUAGUAUCAAUGCUACGAAUCUGUUUGAUAA